AUGAUAAGACAAGCUAUAAAAAAAAAGACGUUGUUAAACUCAACAAUGAAAUAUUUUACGGAAGAAUAUGUAUUUGAUCAUCCUUGGCAUACAGUUGUAACAGCAGCAUGGAGAAAAUAUCCUAAUCCAUUGAGUGUCAGUGUAACUGGGAUUGACGUACUAAGUCAGAAGGUUGAAGAUUCAGUUCUCAAGUCUGAACGUCUUUUACAAUCAAAGUUUGACUUACCUAGAUGGACUUCAAAGUUAGUACCAUUUUCAAGAACACAAUAUUCUCAUGAAUAUACAGAAAUUGAUGUGGAUAAGAGGGAAAUGAAUUUAGUAACCAGAAAUAUAAGUGGAUCUAGUAUUUUAAAAGUUGAUGAAAAGUUAACAUAUCAACCUCAUCCAACAGAACCCAACAAAACAAUAUUAAGACAGGAGGCAUCAGUAUCUGUAAAUUUACCUGCGUUUGCAGAUGGUUUAGAAAAAACUUUCUUAAAAGUAUACUCUAAAAAUGCUGAAGUAGGAAGAAAAGGAUUAGAGUGGGUUGUUGUGAAUUUAAUUCAUGAACACGGUAAUCCAAUUUUUGGAAAGAUAUAG